AUGGUCAAUAAUCUGGACAAGUCACUGCUAAUCUUCAAUGCCGAGGGACUUUUCGUCCGUGAGUUUUGCCUGCUUCCUGACUCUCACUCAGUCGCAGCACCCUCACCGCCGCCCGAAGUCCACGGUGGGAAACCAACGACCAGAAGUCUUAUCGCCCUGGUCGAGAACCUCCUCUCGUUUCCAUAUGCUCUGGGAAUGCUCACUAUGCUUGAGGCGGCCUACCAGGACACCAGCUCGAACACGGCCGAAUACGCAGACUUUCUCCCUGCAGGAUUCGGUCGCGCUCUUUGUCUCGCCGACUUUGGCUGCUCCAUCGAGCUGGCACAUCCGCCCCUCGAGAAUCAAAGUAAACAAUACCCCCAACCUCCCGAGAUGGCCCUCGAGUCGUACAAGUUUCCCGUCGGUCUCGGAAACGCCGACGCGGGCUUCAAUGGGCUCGCGGGCUAUUUCAACACGAUUCGUGAUCUGCAGAUGAAGGAUAUAUACAGUGCCUUCGGUGACGAGCGGAGCCCUGACUCGGACGCGCCCGGUCCUCACGCCAACCCGGUACUCAGAUCUCCACCGUCACCUCUCGAGCUUACUCCGUAUCACAUCUCUGCUCUGGACACUGUGGUUGGCUUCUUUGCCGCCGCACACCAGGCCAAGUUGCAGCUUCGUGGUGUGAUACUUGACCCCAUGCGAUCCCUGCACCUGUACACAGGCGGCCUCUUUCCAAUGAAAGAGGUUGCCCUGCCUCGCUGGGCUGUCGGUUCUGCCAUGAAAGAAAUGCACGCUUUCUUCUUCGCCGGACCCAUAUUGGUUCCGCACCUUCCACCGCCGAAUGAUAUGCGGGCCACCACAACCACAGCAAACACAACAGCCCCUUCUUCGGAAGCGGACCAGCUGCCAUUGAACAGGAGCUCCAUGGUCGAGAUGCCCGUGUCCGGUCUUGAAGAUUGGAGUUGGUGGCAAGCUCGCGCUACUGCUGUCCCCAGCAGCGGCGGUGGUCCGCCGGUCGAUGAAGUCAGUUGGAGCAAGUAUCCUGUCCCGGCCGAGGAAGGGAUCCUGAAUCUCUCAAAGGGGGGGCAUGACAGCGAGUUUGUUGAGGGCUACUUCAUCAUGACCAGAAGCCUGAAGGAGGCAGCUACUGGUGAGAAAUAG